AUGCGGCCCUAUGAUGCAAGUGCUGUACAGCAGACAGCGAGAAUUCGCCUGGCCAAUCUGCUGCCUUUUGUCCAGAGGUUGAGCCUUUUAACGGCCCAGGAGGUUGUACAGUGGCAGAGGUCACGAAGCGACGUCUCAGGAGCCUUGCCAGCCCAAUGGCAGCAAUGUCCAAAAGAAGCACUGAAAUGGUGGUUGGGUCGGGGCAUCCGGCUGGCGCUCUGGACAUUCCCAAUGGCGAGCAUGGUGGAGCAAAGCGGGACACGGUGGCACAACAAGGAGCACCCACCCUCGGAAGCGGAUAUCCCGUGCUUCGAGCGACAGGCUACAAACCUCUCUGCGAGCACCUGUGCGACAAAGGCGGAGCGUCCGGAUGGCUGGGUGAGCUUGUUGGGGCUGGACAGGGUCGCCAACUUCCGCGAUCUUGCGGGACCUGAUGCCUCUGCGCCCUAUCGUUGCAAGGGUGGCCGACUUGCUCGCGGCAAAGUCUACCGCACUGGCCACUGGGUCACUGCCACACCCACCGACCUGUCAAUGAUCCGCGACACGCUGGGCAUUUGUACCUACCUUGACCUUCGCAAUGGCCAGGACUUUGAAAGUGUCGAUGCGGAGUGCUUCGACGACUACCCGCCCAGCCCAAAUGGGCGGCACGAGGCCAGUGUUCCGCGAGAUGCGGGAGAACGUCGCCGGCUGAGCUGUCCCUUCUCCAAGGGUCUCGGCGCACGACCCCUCACGCAAGAUGAAGCAGAAGGCAGAGUGGAUCCAUCUGACAAGAAGGCACAGUGCGCCAUUUGGUUCCAGAAGCAGAUGCGGAGCGAAGCCUUUCACGAUCUGCAGGUUCAGCUCAAGACGAGCAUGCGCGCCAUGCUCAUCUUGAACUCGGAGGAGGUUCUUACAGCACUCAGAGCUUUGGUGGAUGAGCGAAACUUCCCAGUGGCCUUCGGCUGUAUCGCAGGCAAGGACCGCACGGGCCUUCUGGCAUGUUUGGUGCUCCUCGCGCUGGGAGUCAGCGACGAGGACAUCAUCUCCGACUAUAUGUUCACCAAUGAGUCUGCGCAACACAUCAACGCCUGCAAUCAGAUCGCAGUCGCCAUGUGGUGUGAGGAGCUGAGGAUCCGUGAUCCACGGAAAUACAGCUUGCUGGUGCGAAGGACGCGACUCCCACCAAGCGUCCAGAACAUCUUGGACAGUGACGGCGACACCCCACUCUGGGAGGACGUGAACAUUGUCUCUGAUCCUGAUGCCAUCAAACGAUCAAUGGUGCACAGAGACAUCAUUGAGUACGUCAUGCACGAAGUGUUGCAGCAGGAGUUCAGCGGAGUCGACGGCUACUUCAAGUACAUCGGCUUUACCCCAUCUGAAGUUGACAGGCUUCGAGCCACAGCUGCAGCUGAGUUUGGCAUUCGCUCCUUUGUGAACUUUGUUUUGAUAGGCACAGCGGGUCAGCUGUGCAUGUCUGCAUCCAAAAGUUUGUGGCCGAUCCACAACCUGAUCGCGAGCGCUGCCACCGGGCCUUUCCGGCAAAGUGCCAUGUCGGAUUCCGCCGAUGAAGACUACCUAGCUGUAGACAAUCUGUCAGCUGCGCUACAGCUUCUGGCCCCCGACGCCAGCAUGGGACCACGUGUGGACUCACGCCGAGUGCGCGCUGCCAACAACGUGCCAAUCAAGGAUGGCUCUGGGGGUGCUGUGCUUUACUGGAUGUCCAGGGAUCAGCGGGCUCACGACAACUGGGCCCUCCUGAAGGCUCAGGAUCUGGCUCUAGAGAGAAAGGCGUCCCUUCUUGUCUGCUUCUGCCUGGUGCCGAAAUUUCUGGAUGCCACCCUUCGCCACUUUGACUUCAUGCUGCAGGGACUGGCGGAGACAUGCAAGGACCUUCAGAGUUUGAACAUCGGCUUUGUGCUGCUGAAGGGCCAGAGCGUGGCGGAAGUCCCCAAGCUCGUGCGAAAGCUCCAGCAGAUGGGAAAGAAAGGCGGCGUGCAUGCUGUCGUCUGUGACACUUCGCCACUUCGAGUUCCACGUUCUUGGACGGCAGGCGACCCGAGCAGAGUUUCUUGGCGACACCGCUACGAGUCCGCUAUAUAG